GAGCCCGCGCGUUCUCAUCUGUCCAACACACGGGCCAUUCCUCGAAACGCUGGCUCCAGCUUGGAACGGCCUUCCUUAUCAGACAGAAGCACAGCGCGUCGUGGCAACGACAUCCACUCCCUUCUUGGCAUUUCCGCAUUUCCACAUUCACUCUCGAUUCGUUGAUGGUCACGCAGCGUGUGGCGCCCAUACGUCCCGACGACGCCAGCGCUUACCACGCCGGCAAGACCACGCUGGACGCGAUGCUGGCGCGUCAGGACAGGUCUCCGCACUCCGUGGAGCAGGCGGAGGCUCUGGACGACGGCUACGACGACACAGCGCCAUUGGGACUUGCCGUGAACACGCGCAACUAUCAGGCGCUGCUAGAUAACCUGGCGCGAAGAAGACGCACAAACUCAGGGGCCUCCGUCUCGAGUGGCGGUGUGUCACCGGCCUACCAGCGUCAGACGUUGGCUGUGUGCCAGCAGCAAAUGGAUAACCAGCUCGAGAGCCCCACGUUGGCGCAGACGGUAACAGUAGACGAGGAAGAGGAGGACGAGGAAGAACGCGACCGUACGGUCGUGGGUCUACCCGUUGACACACGGAACUAUGAGGCCAUCGUGAGCGGCAGUCGCCCCAUUCACUCCGAUCCAGGUACAUUCAACCUCCUGAACCGCCGCGCAACGGUCGCUACUAUGCCGCAGAUGCCGCAGCCAGUGAAGGACAGCGAGGAGAUGAGACCAGAUCAGAACCAGGCAGGGGAUACCGGCGAGGACGACGCCGUCAUGGGACUGCCCAUCAGCACAGGGAACUACGUGGCGUAUCUAGCAGGUCAGCAGGGAUCAGGAAUACAGCAGGCAGGACACCGUAACCGCGGGUACAGCAACUUGGCACAGGAGAAAGAACCGCGAGUAAGCGACCCGUACUUGUCCUCUUCUCGACGUGGACGGUCUCCGCCGGACUCGUACACUACAGCACCAAGCAAUAACAACCAGGACGACCCACGUCCGUCCUGCUUUGACAACCGCCGGGCAUCGAACGCGGCGUACGUUCCUCACUCCGGUUGGGUGUUUAUUCAGCAUGGCGCAUUCAAAACGUGGAAGCGCUACUACGCUGUGCUCUCAGGGACGGAGUUUAAGUACAGCAAAGGUGUGGGUCAGUCUCCAAAGGGCUUUGGACUGCUGAUGUCGGUGCGCAAGUUGGAUUCCCUACGCUACGGACUGUUCCUUGAGUUCGGUGAUGGCAGUACACUUCAGAUUCGCUGUUCGAACGAGAAGGAGUUUGAUCAGUGGCUUGAUGCGAUGGAAAAAGUGAUUGAACGCAAUCAGAACCUCAAUUCGCAGUCCAAAACGUCGUAUACUCUCACUGCAUCGGAGCAGCACGAGGGGUAUCUGUUCAAGCAGGAGAAGAACAAGGCCUGGAAGCGCUGUUUCUUUGUUGUACGCAUCGAUGGGUACAUUGAGUGUCGAGACCAUGAGCGUGGUACAGUUGAUCGGAAGUGCUCAGGGUAUAUCAAGGCUGUGUCAUUCGCCGACUGCCACGCUAAUGGGCUAGCGAUCCAGCUAAGCACUGAUGUGUCUAUGGUGUGCUACGCGGACUCGUACGACGAGCAAAUGCUCUGGUACGGCGCAAUAUCAGCAGCUGCCACUGCGAACGGCAAGACGGCACAACCCAAGACGUCGGUCAAGAGUUGCUACGUACAAACGGCGCUGUCGAACCACGCAGGGUGGUUGUACAAACAAGCGGGAUUAUUUAAGGGCUGGAAGCGGCUGUACUUCACACUACACGGCGUUGAACUGGCAUACGCUAAGGACACAAACUCGGAGACUGUGCUUAGCGACAAGGCGCACUCAGUGGAGGAAUGGGAGGGACACGCGAAUGGACUGUUGAUCCGCUUGAUAAGCGGACGCGUCUGGAAAGUUCACGCCGAGUCAUACGAGACAGCCAAGCGAUGGCGCUCCGUUAUCAGCAGCGCGUGCCGGCACGCGGAAACUUUCAACUUGAAGAAAUAUUUGAACAGUAGACGUCGCAAGAAAUUGAGGCCUGUGUUUGGUGGCUGGCUCACGGAAGUGCGGAAGGGCUCUCGCUUGCGUCGGUUCUACGUGAUGGACGGCGCGACUUUGGGUGUUGCCAACGAUGUGGACAACCAGCUCGAGCGUCUGGGCACUGUCGUGGACGUGGGCUCAACGCGUGACCUGGAAUGCGGCAUUGUGUUCACCCUCUCCAACGGAACCAAGCUCAAGGUGAACUGUGACUCGCUGGCCGACUCGAGGUGCUGGUACGAGUGCUUGAACUUUUCGCUCAAGUAAGGACGUGCUUUUAAGUGAAUUUUGUACAAAAGUGACUGUGACGUCAGUCGUAGGGUAAUAUGACUGCGAAGUCUAGGCCUGACGGAAGGGCUUCAUUUUCGUAGGUCAGUCAAGCAGAAAGGAAAGUAUUUAGUUGUUUCAAUUGUUAUUUGUUCGAGUU